UUACCGUCUAUAAACUUCCGCCACUCGAUCUAUAAGGUCCCCAAAUCUUAGCCCUAAUUAGGUUUUGCAGUCACCUUUGUCAGAACCAAAAGGACUAAGCUUUAGUUCCAAAUCGGAGAAAAUGGUGAAGGGACGCCAAGGAGAGCAAGUCAGACUCUAUGUAAGAGGAACCAUCUUGGGUUACAAGAGGUCAAAAUCGAACCAGUAUGCAAACACUUCAUUGAUCCAGAUUGAGGGAGUUAACACCAAGGAGGAAGUAGCUUGGUAUGCUGGCAAGCGCAUGGCUUAUAUUUACAAGGCUAAGGUGAAGAGGAAUGGCUCACACUAUCGCUGCAUUUGGGGAAAGGUUGCUAGACCUCAUGGUAACAGUGGGGUUGUUCGUGCUAAGUUCAAGUCUAACCUUCCCCCCAAAUCUAUGGGAGAUAGAGUCAGAAUCUUCAUGUACCCCAGCAAUAUAUGAGUUGUCUAGAUGCCCGAUGGAAUUCAAUUGAUGAGUCAAGUGACUCUGCCUUUUCACUUUGUUUUUAUGUACUUAGUCAAGAAGAUGUUGUGUGUUUUGGAGCGGUCAUUUUGUUUCUUUUGUUUACAUAUUCCUACCAAGGAUUUUUCCACCUAUUUGUUCCUUGACUUUGAAGUUUUGGGUAAUCAAUCAUUUAUGGAAUUGAA